AUGAAAGCAUUGAGAUUAUUACAAACGCUGAGGAAGAGAGACAGAGAGGAAGGUAAAGAUGAUAUCCAAGGACAAGGAACUUCUCUUGAACCUCUGCUUGUGGAUGAGUCGUUGCAGCUCUUUGGAUGCCGCCAGCUGGUUAAUCUGUUGGAGUUUCAAAGACAGAAGAAAACAGACAAAUUCACUUUCAUGGCUGUGCAGAAAAACCUGUUAGUUACCGAAAAGGGCAUUAGCACAAGAAGUUGGGUUGCAGCUAUAGCAUUUUGUCUUGCAAUGGCAGGGAUGGGUUUUGCAAUUGGCUGCACAUAUCUUUCCUGA